AUGACGCAAACAACGACUUCUAAGCCUUCACACACUUGGCAAGAGGUGGUUGCAAAGAAAAGGCUACUUCAAGCAGAGUCACUUUCAGUAGCUGCCCUGCAAGCAACAAUCGAUAACAAUGACGACAUAGGCAAUGCUGUCGAGAUUACUACCAUCCACGAUGCUGAAAUUCUGGUGUCAAUGAUUUCUCGCCGCAAGGUGACGGCUGAGACUGUCAUCAAAUCGUAUAUCAAAAAGUGCAGUUCAAUACCAUCUGUGCGUCUUAGCUUGACUGAAAUCCUUUUUGAGGAUGCAUUACAACGUUCUAGAGAACUUGAUGCCCAUCUUGAGAGUACUGGAACACUUGUGGGGCCUUUGCACGGAGUUCCCGUCACAAUGAAAGAUCAAUUCAACGUCAAAGGCUUCGAUUCAACUUUGGGUUAUGUUGGUAGAUCGUUUUUUCCAGCAUCGGAUGAUGCAGUUGUUGUUACGAUGCUGAAAUCGCUCGGCGCGGUGGUUGUCGCGAAGACCAACCUUCCCCAAAGUAUCAUGUGGUGCGAAACUGAUAACCCUCUCUGGGGCCUAACUACAAACCCUAUGAGCAAAGAUUACACUCCUGGUGGCUCCACUGGCGGGGAGGCGGUUCUUCUGACAACCGAAGCCUCGAUGCUCGGAUGGGGAACCGAUAUUGGCGGAAGCAUCCGUAUUCCAUCACACAUGAAUGGGAUCUAUGGUUUUAAACCAAGCAGUGGACGGCUUCCAUACCGGGGUGUUCCAGUCUCUACCGAGGGCCAGGAGCAUGUUCCAUCCUCCAUUGGCCCCAUGGCUCGCAGCCUGAGCACCAUCCAAACUACCAUGAAACAUUUGAUUAAUGACAAACCUUGGGAACAAGAUGCUCGAUGCGUUCCAAUACCAUGGCGGGAAGACGUUUACCAGGAACUCUUGUCUCGUCCCUUAACGAUCGGGGUGUUACUCGAUGACAACAUCGUCCGACCCCACCCGCCUUUGACCCGUGUUCUUCACUCCGCUACAAAGUCUUUAAAGGCAGCAGGCCAUGAGAUUCUGGAAUGGAAUGCCCAAUUGCACGAGGAAUGCAUCAAAGUUAUGGAUCUUUAUUACACAGCUGAUGGCUGUGAGGACAUUCGUAAUGAUGUUUUGGCGGGGGGUGAACCUUUCAUUCCCCAUGUUGAGCGCCUCAUCAGCCGUGGGAAAGCUAUUUCCGUAUAUGAGUACUGGCAGCUAAACAAACGCAAGUGGGAAUUGCAGCAGGCAUACAUGGAGAAAUGGAAUUCUAUCCGGUCCCCAACGACUGGUCGGCCUGUGGAUAUUGUGCUCAUGCCACCAAUGCCCCAUAGUGCGGUCCCUCACGGAGGAUGUCGCUGGGUUGGGUAUACAAAAGUCUGGAACUUCCUCGACUAUCCCGCACUGGUGAUUCCGGGAGGACGCGUUUCCCAGGAAGACCUUGACAUACCUUGGACAGGCCAGGCCAGAGGUGUUGAAGACGAAUGGAACAAGAAGCUCUGGGAUGAUAAUGGAAAGGAGAUGGCACGUCUCGAAUUGCCAGUAGGUCUGCAGAUAGUCGGGCGCAAGUUGGAGGAAGAGGCUGUGCUAGCUGCAGGAAAGAUUAUUGAUGAUCUCCUGCAUAAUAAGAAAGUAUAA